AGGCUCCCUGAGACUUUCACUGCACCACUAUUAAAUACCCACAGUACAUGCGCUGCUGCUUGAACUGAAUUUCUCGAGCAAAGUUGGGAGGGUGUCUGUAGAUCAUGGGCAUUUUGCUCGUGAUGUAUGCGUCACUUUCACUAUUGAUACUCGGGUCACUAGGAAAGCUAACUGCGCGAGCAUCUGGACUUGUAACAAGCCACAAUCCUGAAGGGAAUUGGGCGCAUCCAUCACUAGCCAUGCUCGAUGUUUGCCCUAAGAGCUGUGGCAAUGUGAGUAUCAACUACCCCUUCGGCAUCGGAUCCAGGUGCUCCCGCGGGCCUGACUUCAAUCUCACUUGCAACAACACGGCUCAGCCCCCAAAGCUAUUCUUGCGCGACGGCAUCAUCGAGGUGAUUAACUUUGGUGAUUCUGUUUGGAAUUCAAACUUGCUCUGGGCCUCCUUCUCGCAUACCAUCCCUAUAGAAUCUGGUGUCAGUGUCUACAACUUGUCUUUGAAACCACCUGGGAGGUCCUUCCAUCUUGAUUCCAUUGUUCUAAACAUCAUUGGCUGCGACCUAGAGGUGUACUCUGUUGAAGAGAAUGCAAUCCAGCCGAUCUGUGCAACUGUGUGUCCGGAUCCAGAAAUCACAGAGAUGGCAGCUGUGCACAACUGUAAUGGCCUUGGAUGCUGUCGUGUAGUCUUCGAAAGCUAUGCUAGCACUUACCGUUUCAAAUUUGUCCACAACACAAAAAGGACCAGCAUAGGCUCUAAACACACCUCUCAAUUAUGGGAUAAAAUCAGCAUAACUACUGAUGGCUUAAAGCUCUCAUGGGAUAUAGGGAAUCAAUCUGCAUGUGUUGCCUGUAUGAGUGACCAUUCUGGGUGUGGCUACAACUACGCUGCAAGUGACCCCUACACGACAUCAAGAAAUGGCUACUACUGCUUCUGCAACAACGGCUAUACAGGCAACCCCUACAUUCCACAUGGCUGCUCCAACCAGGACAAAGGGUAUAAUCCAAUUCCGAGCAGGGCUGAUUGUACCCGUCAGUGUGGUAACAUUAGUGUGCAAUUCCCAUUCGGCUUCGAAGAGGGUUGCUUUGCCACAGAAGAGUUUUACUUAUAUUGCACAAAUACAACAUCAACGGCUGUUCUGCUGAUGCAGGAUCUGGAGGUAAUCAAUAUGGAUGUUGAUGAAGGGACCUUUAAUAUCACCAACCCCAUGUCCGGAUCAGAACGGAAGAGUCUUUUUUAUCCAUAUGGAUUAUUUUUUUCUGUCAAAUGGGCUGCUGCUCAUCUAAGUUGCGCAGAGGCCCAACAGAAUAGGUCUGGAUAUGCUUGUGUGAGUAUCAACAGUAAGUGUGUGGAAGUAAGCGCUGAAGGGAGGUUCUUUGGUUACCGCUGCCAAUGCUCAGAUGGCUUCCAAGGAAAUCCGUAUAUCCAAAGUGGUUGUCAAGAUACUGAUGAAUGCCUUGAACCAAACAAGUGUAAAGAGAUCUGCCAUAAUACAAAAGGAAGUUUCAUUUGUACUGAGUGUCCUCGCAAGACCGAGUAUGAUCCAUUUAAAAGGCAGUGUGCUAAGCAAAAACAACCUCUACUCUUAGGUAUAAUUAUUGGGCUGUCCUGUGGCUUCGGCGUUAUACUUCUAAGCUUCAGCGCAGUACUUUUCACUCGUAGAUGGAAAGAAAAUGUUCAGAAGCAACUACGGAAGAACUAUUUUCGGAAGAACCAAGGUCUUCUCCUACAAAAGUUGGUAUCCUCUGAUGAAACUGCAAACGACAAAACAAAGAUUUUCUCAUUAGAAGAGCUAGAGAAGGCAACAAACAGCUUUGAUCCCACACGUGUUAUUGGCCGUGGGGGCCAUGGCAUGGUUUACAAAGGGAUAUUAUCAGAUCAACGUGUGGUUGCAAUUAAAAAAUCUAAGGUCAUAGAGGAGUGCGAGAUCAGUCAAUUCAUCAACGAGGUCGCAGUCCUCAGUCAGAUAAAUCACAGAAAUAUUGUGAAACUCUUUGGAUGUUGUCUCGAAACCGAGGUUCCAUUGCUGGUGUAUGAUUAUAUAUCGAGUGGCUCACUGUCUGAAGUUCUUCAUGCAGAUACAAAUAAUGGUCUUUCGCUGUCUUGGGGUGAUUACUUAAGAAUUGCAAUGGAAACAGCCGGAGCUCUAUCUUAUCUCCACUCUUCAGCUUCAGUAUCAAUAUUCCAUCGUGAUGUGAAGUCCUCAAAUAUACUCUUGGAUGGAAACUACACAGCCAAAGUUUCGGAUUUUGGUGCAUCUAGAUUGGUUCCGGUCGAUCAAACACACAUUGUUACAAAUGUGCAAGGUACAUUUGGGUACUUAGAUCCAGAGUAUUUCCAUACCAGACAGCUAAAUGAGAAGAGCGAUGUCUACAGUUUUGGUGUGGUACUAGUGGAGUUGCUUCUUAGAAUGAAGCCUGUUUUUACAAGUGAAUCAGGAACAAUCAAGAACUUGUCAAACUACUUUCUCCAGGAGUUCAAAGAGGGGAGAAUCACAGGUAUUGUUAAUUCUCAGGUGCUGGAUGGGGCAACUGAGGAAGAGAUCAAAGGUGUUGCCUCUCUUGCCGAGCUAUGCUUAAGACUGCAUGGUGAAGAAAGACCCACCAUGAAACAGCUGGAGAUGGAACUGCAGACUCUGCUAACAAAACGGGUGAACUCAUGUCUAGCAUAUCCAAGAAAUGAAGAGCAAAUGCAACCAAUUCGACUGACUCGAAGAAGGGCUAGAGCUGCUCUCCAAUCUUCGGAAUUGGGUGACUUAAGAUUAGGAGACAACCCGCAAUGCUACAGCUUGGAGAAAGAGUUCAUGUCGUCUGCUAGUUUGCCACGCUAGAUGUGUUUGCUGAGUUCAUCAUAAUUGAUUGUUAUGUUUCCCUUUUAUACCUGUGCUGCAGAGAUUGGUAUUAUAAUUCGAUUUAUGCCAAGAUACUUUCAGGCACCACGAUUGUAUGGUGCUUUAUAUAUGCCUGACAUACACAGUGUUGUGCAUUGAUUUCUGUAGUGGGAUCUGAUCGAUUUUCACUUCAUUAGGAGGAUUUAUGAUGGAUUUGUACAACUCAUUGUCACCGGCUUCGAAUAUUAUGCCAAAUUACUGGAUUGUAUCUGCCAUGUCAGCCUAGCCACCGUUCCGCUGUCCAGGGCCGAACACCACGCUCCGGCCAGACGCAACGGCGAUGAAUCUGAGGAUGAGGAUGAGAAGGAGGAGAAACAGGGGGGGGGAUGUGGUGCUGAUGAUCUGAGCAAAGUUGCCCCUUUGGAUUCACAGCUUGGACGAGGUUCAGUUGUGUCCAACACUCUACGUAGAACAUCUUUCUAUACAGUAUCCAAGUUACUGGUGAUGUUUAUCUAUAUAAUAUAUGUUGACCACCCCAUCCGAAGCCCGAAAUGUACCAUUGUUUGUUCCUUCGAUGCAAUGUCAAUAAUUGUUUGUUACGGUGCUGCUCUUCCAGUCGGACCACUCUCUAUUGUAACCUUGGUGCUUAGCACAAUGGUUGGGGUCACAGUGGCGCACCCUAACGACCAGAAUUCGAUCCCAGUCAGAGACGAAUUACUGAAAUUGU